AUGGCGGCGGUGGAGGCGCGGCUGGCGCGGCUGCUGGGGGCGCGCGUGAAGGAGUAUGGGCUGCAGGACCUGCAGUGCCACAAGUGCAAGCAGAUCGCGACGGACCACCUCGGCGGCGGCUGCAAGCAGUGCGGCGGCUACCUGACCAACACCAUCCGCCCCGACGCCGCGCGCAAGCGGCUGGCGGUCUUCCGCAACCUGGCGGCCUACCACGGCUUCGAGCUGCUGCAGCAGAUGGCCGACUUUGCGCUCGGCCGCACCUGA